GGUAUGUGUUCAGAAGCAGAACACAGGCUGUUCUCUGUCAUCUUUGCCAAGUACAACCAGUACAUCCGCCCAGUGGCCAACGUCUCUGAUCCUGUCAUUGUACAGUUUGAGGUGUCCAUGUCCCAGCUGGUGAAAGUGGAUGAAGUGAAUCAGAUCAUGGAGACCAAUUUGUGGUUGAGGCAUAUUUGGAAUGACUACAAACUUAGAUGGGAUCCAAAGGAGUUUGGAGGCGUGGAGUUCAUUAGAGUGCCUUCAAAUCGAAUCUGGAAACCGGAUAUUGUUCUCUACAAUAAUGCAGUCGGGGACUUCCAGGUUGAUGACAAGACCAAGGCCUUGUUGCGCUACAAUGGUGAUGUGACCUGGAUCCCGCCUGCCAUCUUUAAGAGCUCCUGCAAGAUUGAUGUCACCUACUUCCCCUUCGACUACCAGAACUGCACCAUGAAGUUUGGCUCCUGGACCUACGACAAGGCCAAGAUUGACUUGGUCCUAAUUGGGUCCACCAUCAAUCUGAAGGACUUCUGGGAGAGCGGGGAGUGGACGAUCAUCGAUGCUCCGGGCUACAAGCACGACAUCAAGUACAACUGCUGUGAGGAGAUCUACCCCGACAUCACCUACUCGCUCUACAUCCGCCGCCUCCCUCUCUUCUACACCAUCAACAUGAUCAUCCCGUGCCUGCUCAUCUCCUUCCUGACCGUGCUGGUCUUCUACCUGCCCUCGGACUGCGGCGAGAAGGUCACCCUGUGCAUCUCCGUCCUCCUCUCGCUGACUGUGUUCCUGCUGGUCAUCACCGAGACCAUCCCCUCCACCUCUCUGGUCAUCCCGCUCAUCGGAGAGUACCUGCUCUUCACCAUGAUCUUCGUCACGCUCUCCAUCGUCAUCACCGUCUUCGUGCUCAAUGUGCACUACCGCACGCCCAAAACUCACACCAUGCCCCACUGGGUGCGCGGCGUCUUCCUGGGCUUCCUCCCCAGGGUGAUGUUCAUGACCCGGCCCCAGCGGGACCCUGCUAAGAUGGGCCCCUCUGCCCAGUUCCUGCCUCCCCCGCCCUGCACUCUGCACAUCGCCGGCUCCCUCCUGCCCCAGAAGCAGAAGAACCUGAACACCGGGCUCCACCCCCGGCAGCGCCUGCUGAUAAGCACCGAGCUCUCCAACCUCAACAAUCUCAGCGCCGUUCCCGCCAAGGCUGGGUCCGGCUUCCUGUGCCGGGAGGGCCGCUGCAACUGUUGCUGGCGCCAGAGGACCACCAAACUGCCGGUGGAUGGUGGUGGUGGAGGGACCAUCGGUGGAGGAGGAGGAGAAGGUAGUCCUUGCUCCAGUUCCGAGUCCUUGGACGGAGGGCUCUUGACGCUCACCGCCCUCUCCCCAGAGGUGAGAGAGGCCAUUGAGAGUGUGAAGUACAUCGCUGAGAACAUGAGACUGCAGAACGAGGCUAAGGAGGUGCAGGACGACUGGAAGUACGUCGCCAUGGUGAUUGACAGGAUCUUCCUGUGGGUGUUCAUUUUGGUGUGCAUUCUGGGAACCGCCGGCCUGUUCCUCCAGCCCCUCUUGCUGGGGGAGGAUGUAUAACGUACUCUGACUCCGCGUAUUAACUACGAUCAGAUCGCCCAAGUCAUUACAAUUUUGAAUGAUUUGGAGUGGCCGUGAAGAGAGAAUUGGACCUUGCCACGCUCCAAAACCUCGUUAACAGGCGGGCUUCGCUGUGGAGGCGAGCUGCAAUCAUCCGUUCGGUGUCAUGUGAGUGGACAUGCUUUUUAUAGGAUGUUGAUUCGAUGUGGUGAGCUUUUUAGCAGUCUGCUGUGUAGGAGGUUAUCUACAAUUUCACUGUACUACACCUUAUCUGGAAAUAGAUUUUUAUA